GGCGCCCCAUGCCCGUGUGGUGCUGCCGCUGCUCCCUGGCCGGGCCUUUCGGAAACUAUAGUGACACAGAAACUGAAGGAGAAAUUUUUGAUUCCUUAGUACAAUAUUUUGGUGCUAAUUUGGGGCAGAAAGUUAAAGCGAUGCCAUUAGUUGAAGAAACUUCUUUGCUUGAAGAUUCUUCUGUGACUUUGCCUGUGGUAAUAAUUGGAAAUGGACCCUCAGGAAUAUGCCUGUCUUACAUGUUGUCAGGUUACAGACCGUACUUGUCAUCCGAAGUCAUACAUCCAAAUGCAAUCUUACAUGGUAAACUAGAAGAAGCAAGGCAUCUUUCCAUUGUUGACCAGGACUUAGAAUACUUGUCUGAAGGCCUUGAGGGUCGAUCAUCCAACCCAGUUGCAGUACUUUUCGACACACUUCUUCAUCCAGAUGCUGACUUUGGGUAUGAUUAUCCAUCUGUUCUGCAUUGGAAAUUAGAACAACAACAUUACAUUCCUCAUGUAGUUCUUGGUAAAGGCCCACCGGGUGGAGCUUGGCAUAAUAUGGAAGGUUCCAUGUUGACAAUCAGUUUUGGAAAUUGGAUGGAGCUACCUGGACUUAAAUUUAAAGAUUGGGUGUCUAGCAAACGAAGGAGCCUGAAAGGAGAUCGAGUCAUGCCAGAUGAAAUAGCUCGCUACUAUAAGCAUUACGUGAAAGUCAUGGGCCUUCAGAAAAAUUUCCGAGAGAAUACCUACAUAACCUCGGUGUCCAGACUUUACAGAGAUCAAGAAGAUGGCGAGGGUCCGGCCCGAGAGAUUCCAACGCAGCAUGUCCAGAGGGAGAAGGCCAAGCUUGCCAAGAGGAACUGGGAGGUGAGGGGUUACCAGAGGAUGGGCAAUGGCUCCCACGUCCCUUUCUGCCUCUUUGCCGAGAACGUGGUUCUGGCCACGGGAACGCUAGAUUCUCCUGCCCGUCUGGGCAUCGAAGGGGAAGAUUUUCCUUUCGUAUUCCAUUCAGUGUCUGAGUUUGGAGCUGCUGUCAACAAAAGGAAAUUCCGUGGCCGAGUGGAUCCAGUGCUCAUCGUGGGCUCCGGGCUUAGCGCGGCGGACGCUGUUCUCUGUGCUUACAACAACAACAUCCCUGUGCUUCAUGUAUUUCGCCGCCGAGUAACUGAUCCCAGCUUAAUCUUUAAACAGCUUCCCCAGAAGCUUUAUCCAGAGUACCACAAAGUCUAUCAUCUCAUGUGUACUCAGCCCUACUCUGGAGACUCCCAUCUAUCCUCUGAUUAUACCAGUUUUCCUGAGCACCAUGUGCUUUCUUUUAAAUCAGACAUGAAAUGCAUCCUCCAGAGUGUCUCUGGACUGAAGAGAAUAUUGAAACUCUCUGCCGCCGUCAUCUUGAUCGGUUCUCAUCCCAAUCUGUCUUUUCUCCAGGAGCAAGGAGCCUACCUGGGCCAUCAAGCCAGCCAGCCAAUCACUUGCAAGGGGAAUCCUGUGGAAAUAGAUGCUUACUCCUACGAGUGUGUUAAAGAAGCCGGCCUUUUUGCACUGGGUCCUUUGGUGGGGGACAAUUUUGUCCGGUUUUUAAAGGGAGGGGCGCUGGGCGUGACACGCUGUUUGGCCACAAGACAGAAGAAAAAGCAGCAUUUAUUUGUUGAAAGAGGAGACGCAAUAUCUUAAAGCAAGUUUACAAACUAUUUAAUUGGACAGUUUACCUUUAAAAACUUCUUUUUAUAGUGGCUUUGCUGUGUCCUGAUGGAAUCUUCUGGUCUGGAAUUCACUGGAGGAAAACCUCAUAUACAUGAACUUCAUCUUUCAAAGUUUCAAAAACUUGCUAUCCUAAUUUACAUUAGGAUUACAUGUAAUGUCAUGCAUUGACGUCUCUGUCUGAAAAGCAAGAGGGGGGAUUGCCAAUUUGGUAUAAGUCCUCACUUAACAAAGCCAUCUUUUUUUCAAAAAUUUUCUGUGAUCAUUUUUGACUUUCUCUCAUUUGAUUCCAAAAUACUACAGCUUCAAAUCCACACAGUCAUUAGGCAAGAAAAUUUUCGCCUUGGUACCACCAGGAAGGUAGUCCAGAGACCAGGCAUGCCAGCUCUGUGUGCAGCUUGCUCGCAUUGUGCUUUGAGACUUACCCACACUGUCAGAAAUGGUUUUGGUGAUACCAUUAAGGAAUACUCAUGUUCAUUAAGGUUUGUGGCACACAGGUCUAAAGAAAAAGAAGAAUAAGAUCUAUUUGCUGUGGGUGGGAUGGGUAAGAGGCAUUUACAACUCAGGGUUUAUUUAUUUUAAAAUGUUAUCAACUGUAAAUCUAAUUUAUUACAAAAGAUGAUGAUCUUUAAAAAAAUAUAUGUUGGAACCUUAACAGAUAGUCUAUAUUGUCAGCUUCUAAUAAUGUAAACAGUCUUACGGUUAUAUUAAUUUAAGCAGCCUAGUAAUGUGGGUAUACAUUUAGACAAUUCACAAACUUGCCAAUGUAUAUCUUUAGAGAUUUAUUCUCUAUUUAAUCAUGAGAACAAUCAAAUUUUUAGUUCAAUAUAUUGUAAAUAGAACUAGUUAUCUCUGAACACUGAAAGAGAUAUUGGGCAUACUUGUAAUAAUGAAAUUAUUAUGUAAUUUGGGCAUAAUAUUUGGGUAUGCCAGAAUUAUUAAAAGUUUACAUCUUAAGUUUAGUAAAAACUUGUCUUUUUCCACUCCCAAAAU